UUGGGAAAGCCGAAAAGCAAAAGAAAAAAAAAUUAGUGGCUUUAGUUUCUGUCCAGCCGGGAGGAAGAAAAGAAAGCGUAGGGCAGAGCAGAACACAGAAGAGAGAGAGAGAGAGGGCUGGGAUUGGACGCUCGUGAGGUAUAGGUGUAUUCUGGGAAGAGCUUCAUCCAGGGCUAGGGGUUUUUCGGGAAGAGAAUUAGGCCUUGUGCCAAUUAGAUCUGCGAUGGAGAGGGACUUUCUGGGAAUAAAUGCCAAAGAUUCCGGGCCGCCGCCGAAGGAGGACGGCAGGGGGAGCCGCCAGGACCCAGUCUACGUUGGAGGUUCUGCCCUGCAGUGGCCUUUCUUGAACGCGACCACUGCUACGCAGCAGUUUGUAUCCUUCAAACAACAUGAAGAGAGGCCAAAGAAGAUUGCAUUUGAUCAGUUCUCUUCAGGAUUUCAGCCAAUAUCUACUGUCGAUGCCUUCAAGGCCAAUCACAGAUCCUUCCCUGCAUUAGCACUACAGAAACCCUUCGGUCUUGAUGGACAAGGCGUCCACCAAUACAGCAUGCAAGUGUCCCAACCUCAACAUUCGGGUUCCUUUGGUGCUUGUGCUCACCAAUUGAACGAGCCUAGAAUGUUGCCACAUGUCUCUCAUCACUCCUUACCAGUUACCAGGAGCAGUCCUUUCUUGAAGGUCCAAGGUGCAUCAAAUCUUGCUGUCACCUCUUUAAAGCAGCAGCCAUUUGGAGGAGGGCUUGCAGCCAGUGCCCCUGUUGGGGAUUCUGUGGUCGGAGCACUUGCUCCAAGGAGUGUGACCAAGACAGCUUCCAAAUUUGCACAGUUAACAAUAUUUUAUGCAGGUGCUGUGAAUGUAUUUGAUGAUGUCCCAUUGGACAAGGCUCAAGCAGUUAUGUUACUAGCAAGUAAGGGAUCUAAUGCGACUUCAAAUGCUGUGAAGCCACGAUGUGAACCACUUGCUCCAGCCCCAACAAAACUGGCAGGAUCUGAUGUUCUAAGCACAAAUCAGAACCUGACCCCUACCUCGAGCCACGUGGCUUCACCUUGCUCAGGCCUUUCCAGCCCAUUAUCAGUUACUUCUCAAACAGUACCUAACUGUGGUGGUGGUUCUACCAUCAAUGAUGAUACUGCUGUGGUUAAGACUGUUGGUUCCUUGGCUCCCACAAGCCAGAAUGAGCCUUCAAAAACUCUAACUGCUGCACUAGGCUCUAGUUCUGUUGCAACUGUCGCGCCAAGAGCUGUACCUCAGGCUCGGAGAGCAUCAUUGGCCCGGUUCUUGGAGAAGCGAAAGGAAAGGGUGACAAAUGCUAUACCUUACUCUUGCAUCAAGAAAUCCCAAGAAAAUGCUUCUGGGUUGGAGUAUGCUAAUGUGUCCAGCAAAUCCUCAUCAGCCGAUAUUGCCUUUUCGAGCAACAGGGAGGACUCAUGGUGUUUGGGCCAACAGAAGAACAUCGCGGGUAAUGGGGAGUCACCAAAUACAAAAUUUGUGAUAUGAGCUUAUUUAUAUAUUUCAACAAACCCUUCUUUCUGCAACUGUAGUAUUUGCCAUUCAUUUGGGGUCCUGAGAACCAGGUAGGAGGUGGUGUUGUAAUAUAUUUGGUUAGGUAAAGGUCUCUUCUAUGUGAAUAUAAUUGGAGUAGUUCAACGAGUAACGAUAUUUAUUUUAAUUUUUGCUCUUCUAUUUUCUUAUUGCCAUAUUGCAGCAACAUUAGUGGUUAUGGUUAUAGCU